AUGUACGACAAUAAUGACGAAAAUAACGAUAAUGACAAUAAUAAUAAUAACGAAAAUAAUGAUAAUAACGAUAAUAAUAAUAAUAAUAUUGAUAAUAACGAUAAUAACAAAUAAAACGAUAAUAACGAUAAUAAAGAAUAUAAGGAUAAUGACGAUAAUAACAAUAACAAUAAUAAUAAUAAUAGUAAUAAUAAUAAUAAUAAUAGUAAUAAUAAUAAUACAAAUGAUAACGAUAAUGCCGUUAAUAACGAUAAUAACGGUAAUAACCAUAAUAAAGGUAAUAAUAGUAAUAAUAACGAUACUAACGACAAUAACGAAAAUGAACAUUACUAUAAUAAUAACGAUAGUAAUAAUAAUAACAACGAUAAUAACGUUAAUAACAAUAAUAACGAUAAUAAUAAUACUAACAACGAUAAUAAAGAUAAUAAUGAUAAUAGCGUUAUCAGCGAUGAUAAAGGUAACAACGAGAAUAUCAAUAAUAACGAUAACGGUAACGACGAUAAUAACGAUAAUAACAAUAAUAAAAAAAAUAACAAUAAUAAUGGUAAUAACGAUAAUAACGAUGAUACCGAUAAUAACGAAAAUUAC